GUCCGCGAUCUCCCCUCUCUCUUCCUCUCCUCUCUCUCUCUCUCUCUCUCUGCUCGCCGAGUUCUCGAGAACGCCCCCAACCCUAACUUGCGAAUCCCUUGUAUGUGAUCGGCCCGCAUCCCUCGGAUCCCUUCCGGCCCUUGAUUCCUUGCACGGAUUUUGCCUCGCUGCCACGAGGGCGAUCGAUCGCCGGGAAUGGCGAGCAACGUGUCCGCCGUCUACAUCCAUGUCUUGGACGAUGUCAUCAGCAAGGUCCGCGACGAGUUCAUCAACUACGGCGUCGGGGAGGGCGUGCUGAACGAGCUCCAGGCGCUGUGGGAGAUGAAGAUGAGGCAGUGUGGCGCCAUCAGCGGCAACAUCGAGAGAUCGACCCUCCCGAAGAAUGCGGCCCCGAUCACCCCGGUCCAUGACCUGAACGUUCCUUAUGAGGGCCCGGCCGAGGAGUACGAGACCCCCACCGCGGAGAUGCUCUUUCCGCCUACUCCCUUGCAAACCCCAAUCCAGACUCCAUUGCCUGGAACUAAUGAUCCGCCGAUGUACAACAUACCCACAGGCCCCUCCGAUUAUGCUCCAUCUCCCAUAUCUGAUAUCAGAAGUAGCAUCGAUUUGAAAGCUGGAAGGCCUGGUUCAUAUAUGCAGCCACCUUCACCUUGGAUGAACCAACGACCUCUUGGAGUUGAUGUAAAUGUCGCUUAUGAUGAAGGGCGUGAAGAGCCUGAUAGAGGAUCUUCUCAUCAGCCUGAUAGAGGAUCUUCUCAUCAACACACGACUCAGGACUUUUUCAUGAAUUCUUCUGGGAAACGUAAAAGGGAUGACUAUGCUUCUCACAUAAAUUCUGGAGGCUAUAUUCCGCAACAAGAUGGAAGUGGAGAUGUGACGAUAGAGUUUUCUCUAACACAGGAUGUGGUAAGCCAAGUUCAGACAUCAUCAAUUGUUCAAGACCAAGGAACUGCAGAUUCCAAGUUUCUUUCCAAUAAAGAAGCAGAACCAGCUCUAAUGCUUCCUCAGCAUGAUGGGAUACAUGAUGAAUAUGAUGAUUUAUUUCAUUUCCAAGGAGUUGCUAAUGAAGAUUAUAAUACUCCUGGAGACCAUGUUGAAAUGCGAGCUGCUACCCCUUCUGUUGGCACACCAAAGCCUAGCAAAAAUGAUGCAGGAGAAGAUGACGAGCCUCCGCUUAACGAAGACGAUGAUGAUGAGUUGGAUGACCUUGACCAAGAAGAGGAAGAGACAAAUACUCAACAUUUGGUUCUUGCGCUGUUUGACAAGGUGUCUCGGACCAAAAGCAGAUGGAAGUGUACCCUCAAGGAUGGAAUAAUGCAUCUCAAUAACAGGGAUAUUCUUUUUAAUAAGGCCACUGGAGAGUUUGAGUUUUGAUUGUGAUAACAAGGAGCUGUUGGAUGAUCAUGGAAGCAUGGGCUUCGCCGAGCUGUUGUUAACCCCUGGCUGCUGCUGCUGUGCGUUUCUGCAAACUUGGCUCUCCCCCCACCCCCCUUUUUUUUCUCUGUUCUUUUUUACCUGGGAGACGAUGUUAAAUAAAAAUCCAACCACGGGAUCACUUGCUGUUUCUUUUAUUUCUUGAAGAUGCUAAAACUAGAUGAACCCUGUAAAUCUCUUUUUUCUUGGUUGCCUCAGACCAUUAAAGACUCGUCAGAUGUUAGAUUUCAGCAUUCA